AGCAAAGUGUGUUUGCAGGAGAGGAGUCGAGCAGAGAGAGCUACUUUUUCAUGAAACGGGAGUAAAGUAGUGAACUUACAGGAACAUAUACCACUACAGACGUUGGGAUCGAUAUCUGCAUCGAUCUGCACACCCUUGUCUCCUGGAUCGUAGCUGAGAUCAGCGUGAACCACGUGGGUCUCUGCUCCCUGAUCUGUUUCCUGUGUUUGGAAAAACUUCCAGCUUCAUCACGGAGUUUCUCUCGGUUUGUGGGUUCAUCUAAAGUUGAGUAACAGGAGAAGAGUCUGGUGGAGCAACAGAGGAACAAUUUCAGCCAUUUGGACUCAGCUCAGCCACUAUAGAGGAAAAAAUGACUUCAACACAAAAGGACCAACAUGGAGCGAGAAGUCAGCGCUCUCAGGAGGCCGACAAACCUCACAGAAGAAAGGGAGAGAAAACAUACAGCUGUGAUGACUGUGGGAAGUAUUUUACCCGGGGUGGAGACUUAAAAAGACACCAACUCAUCCACAGUGGAGUUAAACCUUACAGCUGUGACUUGUGUGGAAAGUCUUUUACCCGGGCUGAAAGCUUAAAAACACACAAACUCAUCCACAGUGGAGUUAAACCUUACAGCUGUGAGUUGUGUGGAAAGUCUUUUACCCAGGCUGGAGACUUAAAGGCACAUCGACUCAUCCACAGUGGAUUUAAGCCAUACAGCUGUGACUUGUGUGGAAAGUCUUUUGCCCAGGCUGGACACUUAAAAAAACACCAACUCAUCCACAGUGGAGUUAAACCUUACAGCUGUGACUUGUGUGGAAAGUCUUUUACCCAGGCUGGAGACUUAAAGGCACAUCGACUCAUCCACAGUGGAUUUAAGCCAUACAGCUGUGACUUGUGUGGAAAGUCUUUUGCCCAGGCUGGACACUUAAAAAAACACCAACUCAUCCACAGUGGAGUUAAACCUUACAGCUGUGACUUGUGUGGAAAGUCUUUUACCGAGUCUGAAGUUUUAAAAAAACACCAACUCAUCCAUAGUGGAGUUAAACCUUACAGCUGUGAUGAGUGUGGAAAGUCUUUUACCGAGUCUGGAGGUUUAAAAAGACACCAACUCAUCCACAGUGGAGUUAAACCUUACAGCUGUGACUUGUGUGGAAAGUCUUUUACCGAGUCUGGAGGUUUAAAAAGACACCAACUCAUCCACAGUGGAGUUAAACCUUACAGCUGUGAGUUGUGUGGAAAGUCUUUUACCGAGUCUGGAGGUUUAAAAAAACACCAACUCAUCCACAGUGGAGUUAAACCUUACAGCUGUGAGUUGUGUGGAAAGUCUUUUACCCAGGCUGGAGGUUUAAAAAAACACCAACUCAUCCACAGUGGAGUUAAACCUUACAGCUGUGACUUGUGUGGAAAGUCUUUUACCGAGUCUGGAGGUUUAAAAAAACACCAAUUCAUCCACAGUGGAGUUAAACCUUACAGCUGUGAGUUGUGUGGAAAGUCUUUUACCCGGGCUGGAAGCUUAAAAACACACCAACUCAUCCACAGUGGAGAGAGACCUUAUAAA